AACAGCUGCACAUCUGGACCGCGCACGCGCAGUAGAAAGGAGGUUAAGAGGAGUGCUUAAACUAAGAGAAAAGUUUGGUAAGACUUUUGUUCUCAUGCCUCUUAAGGAAAUGAGUCGGUUCGGAUGUCAUCGAGGCAAUGUUCUAUAAAACAUAAGUGAAGAAAUCACUCGCGUCACGUCAUAAAUGUGAUUUCCUAUGUUUCACAGGAAACAAAGCUACCGUUUUUGUUUGGGUGUAAGUUUGACAUAUCGGUCGAAACCAAGAGUAGUAGAAGGGUUGGUCCUCCAACCUUUAUCAUUCACCGACGACAGUUAGUAACUGGAUAACUAUUUUUGAUUUUGUGUGAUUUUUUUGCGGGCCGUUGUGACUACAUUUAUUCAGUUUCAACGACUAUGAUGAACAAAGCAAGUUUUUGUGUACAAAAACACUGGACCAUAGGGACAACAGUGGUUCUACUCCUGAGCUUCAUCUCAUCUUUCAAAGUGGAAAGCCAGUCUUGCCACGGAGCAUAUGAUCUCUACUUUGUGUUGGAUAGGUCGGGGAGUGUUGGAAGUGACUGGCGAGAGAUUUAUCUCUUCGUUAAAAACCUCACGGAGCGGUUUGUGAGCCCAAGCUUAAGGGUAUCCUUCGUCGUGUUCUCCUCUCAGGCCGAGGUCAUGCUACCUUUAACUGGAGACAGUUCUGAAAUAGAAGAAGGCCUGCAGCGACUGAGCGCAGUGACUCCAGCGGGGGACACCUACAUGCACGAAGGAUUCAAAAUGGCUUCGGGGCAGAUGAAGGACCAGGUCCAGAAGUCCUCCAGCAUCAUAGUGGCUCUGACGGAUGGCAAGCUGAGCCCUUACAUCCUGGAGCUCACUAUUAAGGAGGCUAAAGAGGCAAGGAUGCACGGUGCGCGGGUAUACUGUGUCGGCAUCAAGGACUUUGAUGAAAGUCAGCUGGCGGACAUAGCUGACUCCAGAGCCUACGUGUUUGCUGUGCACGGGGGCUUCAAGGCACUCAAAGACAUCGUCACCUCAAUCCUGAAGAAAUCAUGCACAGAGAUCCUCAGCGUGGAACCCUCCAGUGUGUGUGCUAACCAGUCCUUUGACAUUGUUGUGAGAGGGAACGGCUUCACGCUGGGAAAAGCCAAGGAGGGAGCUCUGUGCCGCUUCAAAGUCAAAGACCACACUUAUGAUGAGGUGCCAAGCGUGGUGAGAGAUGAUUACGUGCUCUGUCCAGCGCCCAUCCUACAGGAAGUGGGACAGUCCAUGGAUAUCCUGAUCAGCCUCAACAGUGGCAAAUCCUUCCUUUCCAGUGCCUUCACCAUCUCCGUCACUACCUGUUCGGAUGGCAUGGUGGUGUUUAUAGUUUUCCUGGUGCUGAUGCUGCUGGCUGCUCUGGCCCUCAUGUGGUGGUUCUGGCCGCUUUGCUGCACUGUGGUCAUAAAAGAUCCCCCGCCUCGACCAGCCCCUCCUCCUCCACCUAUGCCAGAGGAGGACGACCUGCCCAAGAAGAAGUGGCCAUCUGUGGACGCCUCCUACUACGGAGGCAGAGGUGCUGGAGGCAUCAGACGCAUGGAGGUGCGCUGGGGGGAGAAGGGCUCAACGGAGGAAGGGGCUCGCCUGGAGAUGGCCAAAAACGCCGUGGUGACGGUGGUCGAAGAGGCGGAGGAGCCUAUGAUGAAAAAGCAAAAGUCCACUCCCUCCACCCAAUCAACAGAGUCCAAAUGGUACACGCCAAUCAAGGGUCGCCUGGAUGCACUGUGGGCUCUACUAAAACGGCAAUAUGACCGAGUCUCUCUAAUGAGGCCAACAUCUGCGGAGAAGGGACGGUGUAUGAAUUUCAACCGGGUGCAUCAUUAGGACGAGGAGUUUGAAGCGAGCCAGAGGAUGACACGUGGAGGAAGGGGAGGUUUCAGAAGACUUUGUGGCUAAUGCAAUCACCACUGUACUUAAGCGCCUAUCCAAAUUGUGCACAACGUGGACCCUUUCAACCUCGGUCUGAGUGCCGUGCUUGUGUCUCAAUGUAGUCAUAUGCUCCAGAUCAUUGUAAAAAAAAAAGAAUAAUCUGAAACGGCUUUACAAGCUUUACAACCAGUUUUUUUAUUUGAUUUUUUUUUUUUUACAUUUCCCUGAAGAUCACCCGAGUGCAUUAUUGUGCCGGACCCAGUUAGCUUUUUGUGUGCAGCGAUAGCUUAACAUAUUCUGACCAUAUUGCUCCCUCUGUGGAAAAAAUCUAAUUUUAUGGACACAGACGGAAGCUAUUUGAAAAAAAAAGAGAAAACGAGAAACAGAGAAGAGGAGCAAGAGGGGAAGAAAGAGGGAGAGAGAAACGGAGAAAGAGGCUGUUUGCCGUUGGCGUGGCGUGGAGGGAGAGUUAAUCCCAGUGGGGCUGGCGAGCGAGAGCAGAAGUCCAGUGCCUCUUGGCUACAUCUCUUCACACAAUCCGUCCUCUCCAAGUGCAGUCUCGCUGCCUGCCUGCCUGCCGGCCUGGAUGCCUGCUUGCCUGGCGGGAGGCCUGUGACUGCUGAUCUUGUCAUUUUAACACUGAGAAGUGCACACGCAUGACAAACUGGAAGACUGGACGCCCCCGAGGUAGUGGCAGCAGUGGGACUUCGCCCCUCACGCUUUUUUUUUUUUUUUUCUUCUUCACAAGACACCUAUUUUCCUCUUUCAUUAUGUUCUCGGGACAGGAAAAAUUAAUAGAGCGUUACUCCGCCGCAAGAGACAGGCAGCCCCCGCGAGCAAGCACAGGGCCCGGGCUACGUUUGGAGCGACGGGUGCGUCGGGACCUUGACACGACGGUUGAUGCCCCCCCGCAACCCAGCACACCCCCAACUGCAGUGUGCCUCUGUCUGCCUAAUGCACAGGACAUCACUCCCAAUAAGCAUCCCCAUCAGUUACGAGUUCUUUAAAGAUAUAGAUACAGCUGUCUCAACACUGCCGGACUCGCCAUAUCACGUCUCCAAAGCCCUUCCCUCCCUCUCCCCCUUCUCUCGCCCUCUCUCUCUCUCUCUCUCUCUCUCUCUCCCUCACUCGCUCUCUCUCUCUCUCUCUCUCUCUGGUGUCACAACACACUAGUUCUCCCUGCAUGAGAAUAUCAGAGUUUAAUUAAAAUAAUUAAAGACAACUACAAGCAGCAGCCUGUGAAGAUCUAGCUCAUCCUGUCUUUUACGCCUUCUGACAUUGAAUGACCUAUUACUGUGCCGUGCGUUAUUUGCAACGAAACGGUAGGGGUUGUCCGAACACUCCCAAAGCAGGGGGCGAGCAGGAGUGAUGGAUGGAGAAGUAUUGUUCAUUUCCAGAAAUCACCGCACACACACACACACACACACAUACACACACACAUACGUACGCACACGUACACAGACAGAAAAACACCCCAAUGCACGGCACGAUGUGUUUAUUGUUAGAAUGUCUGAAACGUACUGUCAGGACGAGGCAGUACAGGCGUGUGAGCGAAAGCGGAAAACUCGCAGGAGGGGGGGGCUUUGGUGGUGUUGGGGGGUGGGGAGGGGGUUGGGGUGGGUGUGUAGCAGCUGAGGGAAAAGGCUCGAACGAUCCAGUCACUUUCGAUAGGCUACUUCAGAUGCGAAAUGGAUAUUGGAGUGGAAAUCUGACAAAGCGCACAGGGCCUUGACGGGAAGUGGUAUAGACAAUGACCAGUGGCGGGGUCAGUGGGACGUCUCCGCGCAAGCGGGGAUGCUUAUCAAAUGACACUAAAAAUAAGUUCAGCAACCAUCAAGUUUGAGGGGGGACGCCGGGCGCACCCUUCGCUGUGUUUGGUGGGCAUGCAAGUGCGCGAGGCGGAGAGGGAGGGAGGGAUGGAGGGAGCGAAUGAGUGAGUAAUUAUUCCUUUGUUGUGUUCCGGCACAAUGUCAAGGGACUCAAAUCAUUCCUUUGGCCAAAAUAUCAACUCCAAACAAUGUUGUGAAAUAUUUUGUUAGCAUUUUCUUUUUUUUGUAUCUCCUGCAUAAUCAUGGUCACAUUUGGCUCAUCAAUUUUUGUGUAUGUGUGAGUGUCUGUGCCUCUUUUGGAAAGGUGGAUAUUGCACAUGCAUCCAGUAUAUUUUCUUUCUAUGUGAAACCAGAGAAGUGUUACUAACCCUUCCUAAUGAGAUAUUUACAUAGUGGUCACAACACAGCUUUUCACCCUAAUAACUCAUCACAUGAAAUUGAACAGCAAUUUAUCAAACCAGCCAUCUCCAAAAUGGACACGGAGAGAUGAUGGAGCAUCCCAGCUCUCUCUCUGUUUUACUGUCAUCUUUUGUUCUUUUUCACUGCUCUUUAUUUGUUAAUAUUAUUGUUACAUGUUUUAGAUAGAUGCACAUUUGCCUUUUCAUGCAUUUGUUUCAGGAUCAAUGUAAUUUUUCUUGUUUUAUUUUUAAUGUGAGCUUUUUUUAAUAUGGUACAUACAUGUGCACCAACAUUGUUGAGCUUAAUUUGCGAUUUCCUAAUUUGUCUGAGCAAUGAUUUAAAAAAAAAAAUAUAUAUAUAUAUUCUUGAUACAGAAAUUAAAUGUAUAUAAAUAUUAAGCCAAAUGAAGGGUCAAAGGUUAUUUAAUUUAAUUGAAUUUCCCUAUGAAGGAUGUAUUGUACAAUAUUGAAAUUAAAUGUCUAAUUUGCAGAUCUUACAAUUUGCAAAUGCAAGAUGUAAUUACACAAUCAAAAAUAAUUACUGCUUUUUUUUACAUGAAAUUUAAAAAAAUCACAGCCAUGACAAAAUUGUAGCACAAUACUGUAAUAUGUUGUUUGAAAUUGACCAAAUGUUAAUAGAUUGAAAAUAACUUUUUUAUGCACUGUUUUUAAUAUAAUAUUAAAAUAUAACUACUCACAA